AUGAGUCACAAUGUAAGCUAUAAAUCUGCAAUCACAGCCGUUAAGCCGCCGGGCAGCUCCAUCCCCCAGGGCUACAAGUGGCUCUACCACGUGUCGCCGCAGAAGUACUCGCUGGCGCUGGUCUCGGCCAUCGCGUUCGGCGACUGCCCGAGCGACGGCGACGGGUCCGAGAUCGGGUGCCAGGUCAUGACGGGGGUGCCGCCCUCGCUGCCCGAGAACCUGACGGUCAAGGACUACCUGGAGGACGUCUUCCUCAUGAAGCACAGCGAGAUCUGGAAGAACUUCGCCUUCGUCUUGGGCUUCAUCGUGGUCACGCGCCUGCUCGCGCUGGUCGCCCUGCGCUUCGUCAACCACCAGAAGAAGUAG